AUGGCUACGUGGGGAAAGGUAUACCUUGUCUCAGGCAACAAGGGGAAGCAGAUGGAGGUGCAGCGCUACUUCACUCAAGCGCAGCUCAUGGUAGAAGCAGUGAAUAUUAACCUGCCAGAGACGCAAAAUUCAUCGGCGGAGAGGAUUAGCUGGGAUAAGGCCGUUGAGGCGUAUCGAGUGGUAAAUAGGAUGCCCAUCGGUGAGCCGCUGUGCCAUGGUGGCACGCCAGUGCUCGUAGACGACACCUCGCUGGAGUUCGAUGCUCUAUGUGGGCUACCUGGACCCUACAUCAAGUGGUUCCUUGACCGGCUGGGUGUGGAGGGUCUUUUGAAGAUGGUCAAGGGCUUUGCACCACCCGACGAGGAGGACUCAACCGAAGCAGCACCUGCCUACCGCCGCGCCAGUGCCGUGUGCAUCGUCUCCCUCUGCUACGGUGUUGAUGAGGCGACUGGUCACCCAUUGGUGCAGCAGUUCCGCGGCGUAUGCCGCGGCGCACUGCCAGCCGGCCCUCGAGGGGGUGUGGGCUUUGGCUGGGACUCGAUUUUUGCGCCUGAGGCACAAACGCCGGCGUAUGCAAAGACCUUUGCAGAGAUGUCGGUGGACGAGAAGAAUACGCUGUCUCACCGCGCCAAGGCACUUCAGAUGCUCACUGAGUACCUCCAGACUUCACGCGCCGGAACCCAGGGCGGCGGAGCUUGCUGUAAAGGAACUCCUGAAGAGAGGAUAGGUGUGAACGGGGACAAAUAA